GGUGGGGGUGCUGUGCCGUUUCCCUUCGGAUGUGUUACUGGCCUUGAAUUUUCGAAACCUUUGAUGUAAGGUGUAUCAGCUUCUUCCCGCCAUAAUACAAAACCAUCUGAUGGUCAAUCUGUUCAUUAUCAACCACCUCAGAUCUCUACGUUGGACUCAAAAGCUUCUCUCAAAUCCUCCUUAUUCUUGCUGUUCUCUCCAUUCUCGCUCUCUCUUACCAUACAAAGACAAACCCAACAACUGGAACACAAACCACACUUUUGUCCUCUCAAACCCAUUACUUUCUCUCUUGGAAAAAUGCAACUCCAUGACCCAAUUGAAGGAAAUUCAAGCCCAAAUGAUCAAAACCAACUUGAUCUCAGAUGGGUUAGCCUUAAGUCGCUUAGUCGCCUUUUGUGCGAUCUCAGAAAUGGGUAACAUUGAUUAUGGCAAAAGAAUACUGUACGAUACUCAAAACCCAAAUAUGUUUUCUUGGAAUGUAGCUAUUAGAGGGUAUUGUGAAAGUGAAAACCCAAAAGAAGCCUUUUUGUUGUACAAGCAAAUGUUGACAAGUAAUGGGUCGUGUCCCGAUAAUUAUACUUACCCUUUGUUGCUUAAGGUUUGUGCUCGGUUAUCGUUGAUUUGGAUGGGUCAUGAGAUUCUUGGACAUAUAUUGCAAUUGGGCUUUGAUUCAGAUAUAUUUGUGCACAAUGCGGUGAUUCAUAUGUUGGUGUCAUGUGGAGAUGUAGAGGCGGCACAUAAGGUGUUUGGUGAAAGUUGUGUUAGAGAUUUGGUUUCUUGGAAUUCUUUGAUUAAUGGUUAUGUUCGGAGUGGCAGAGCGCGUGAAGCACUAAUGAUUUAUUGGGAAAUGGAGAUAGAAAGAAUUAAGCCAGAUGAGGUUACUAUGAUUGGGGUGGUUUCUUCAUGUGCUCAAUUAGAGGAUUUGAGUCUUGGAAGAAAAUUUCAUCGAUAUAUCAAAGUGAACGAAUUGAAUUUGACAGUCCCACUUGCUAAUGUGCUGAUGGACAUGUAUGCAAAGUGUGGGGAUCUUGAGGCUGCGAAGGCAUUAUUUGACAAGAUGGGGAAGAGAACCAUGGUUUCCUGGACCACUAUGGUUGUGGCAUAUGCCAAAUUUGGAUACCUUGAUACUGCUAGGAGAAUUUUCGAGGAGAUGCCGGAGAAAGAUGUUGUGCCAUGGAAUGCCAUGAUCGGAGGUUAUGUUCAAGCCAAAUGUAGCAAGGAGGCGUUGGAUUUAUUUCAUGAAAUGCAGGCCAUAAAUGUUAAGCCCGAUGAGGUGACCAUGGUUAGCUGCUUAUCUGCAUGCUCACAACUUGGAGCACUUGAUGUUGGAGUUUGGAUUCAUCAUUACAUUGAAAAACACAAACUGACUCUAAAUAUUGCCCUAGGAACUGCUCUAAUAGACAUGUACGCCAAGUGUGGUAACAUUACAAAGGCAUUUCAGGUCUUCCAUGAGAUGCCUGACAGAAACUCCUUAACGUGGACUUCUAUGAUUUGUGGUUUAGCACUUCAUGGGAAAGCACAUGAUGCCAUAUCCUACUUCUCAGAGAUGAUUGAUAUCGGAUUAAUGCCAGAUGAGGUCACCUUUCUUGGGGUUUUGUCAGCUUGUUGUCAUGGAGGUUUGGUUGACGAGGGUCGAAAUCUUUUUGCCCAGAUGAGCUCCAAAUUCAAUCUCUUCCCCAAAAUUAAGCACUACUCUUGUAUGGUAGACAUUCUGGGUAGGGCUGGUCUGUUGGAAGAGGCUGAAGAACUUAUUAAGAGCAUGCCACUAGAUGCAGAUGCUGUGGUCUGGGGUGCACUGUUUUUUGCCUGUCGAACUCGUAAAAAUGUGGAGAUGGGAGAAAGGACAGCUUUGAAACUUCUUGAGUUGGAUCCUCAGGAUAGUGGAAUUUACGUUUUGCUCGCAAGUAUGUAUCGGGAAGCAAACAUGUGGGAGAAGGCUGGGGAGGUGAGGAAGAUGAUGAGGGAAAGAGGGGUAGAUAAGACACCUGGUUGUAGCUCAAUUGAGGUGAAUGGCAAUGUGUAUGAGUUCAUUGUUAGAGACAAAUCACAUCCCCAAUUCCAACAUAUUUAUGAUUGUUUGAUUCAGUUGACGAGACAGCUGGAGCUUGUUAAAUUUGUGGCUGGUGUGCCUGAACUAGGAGAUAACCUUUUCUUUGGCUCUUAAGCUGGCAACUAAAUUUGAACUAGCAGGUUAGUUAAAUCUCCCCCUGCUUUCCUCGAGUGUUUUCAUGUCCUUCAUUCUUCUGAUGAUCAGUUUGAGAUCACAAAAUUUUGUAUACCAG